AUGGAUUAUUCCCCCUCGCAGUUACUUAAUAGUAGAAUAUACAAAACUAAACUUCCUACAUCAAAUGAGUUAUUACAGCCCCAAUUGUGUAAAGAUGUAAGAGAAAGGUUAGAGGCAAAACGUUCAUUGAAUUUAAAAUAUGAUAAAACUUGGGACUCUAGUAAGAUCCUUAAAAGCAAUGUUGCUCCUAGGUCAUACAUUGUUCAAAAUAGUCACAAUAAUGUUGUCAGAAGAAACAUGUAUGAUAUAAAGCCUUCUAAAAAUAAAUUUUCAACAAAAACUGACCUAAGUAACGAUAUUGUUGUAAUAUCAGCUGAACCUAUACCUAACAAUACAACGUCAGAACUACAGUCGGAUAGUCAUAGCAAAGUAACUAUGUCAGAUUCUCAACCAGUUGAACCUGAACUUUCUGCCUCUAGCCCACCACCUCAUCAAUAA